UGCUUGGAAUGCAUGCAACUGUACUUGUUCUUGUAGUGUGCACAACCGCUGGUCCGUUGGCUCAAUUGCUUCCCACCGAGAGGCGAGGCGACAUACCUCCAACACAGACGACACAGAGCAGGACGCACUGUCCGCAUGAGCUCCUCGGUCCAGCACAAGCGGUUGUACCGGCUGCUGGUGAGCAGCAUGCUCCCCAUCGUGGCGGUGCCCCUCAUGCUCACCGCGGCGGAGCUCCGGCCCGUGCACGUGUUCCUGGCCGCGUUCGUCCCGGCCGCGGUGGCCGCCGUCUACCUCAGGCUCCGGCCGCGCGCCGUGUACAUGGUGGACUACGCGUGCUUCCGCCCCAACCCCGGCUCCCGCGUCCCGUUCGCCGCGUUCCAGGAGCACGCCAGCACGUGCGUCGACGAGCGCAGCGUCCGGUUCAUGGUGCGCCUGCUCGAGCGCUCCGGUCUCGGGGAGGAGACCUGCCUCCCCGACGCGCAGCACUACAUCCCGCCGGACCGCGACCUCCAGUCCUCCCGCGCCGAGGCCGAGCUCGUCGUCUUCUCCGCCAUCGACGACCUGCUCGCCAAGACAAAGGUCUCCCCGGAGGACAUCGACAUCCUCAUCAUCAACUGCAGCCUCUUCGCCCCGACGCCGUCUUUCGCCGACAUGGUCGUCAGCCGGUACAAGCUCCGCGAGGACGUGCGCAGCGUGCACCUCGCCGGGAUGGGCUGCAGCGCCGGGCUCAUCUCCGUGGGGCUCGCCAGGAACCUGCUCCAGGUCGCGCCCGAGGGCUCCAACGCGCUGGUGGUGUCCACGGAGACCAUCACGCCCAACUACUACAUGGGCAAGGAGCGCGCCAUGCUCCUGCCCAACUGCCUGUUCCGGAUGGGCGGCGCGGCCGUGCUCCUGUCCACCAGCAGUCGCAACGCGCGGUUCCGGCUCGCGCGCGUCGUGCGGACGCUGACCGGCGCCAAGGACGGCGCGUACGGCUGCGUGUACCAGGAGGAGGACGACCGCGGCAACGUCGGGGUCAACCUGUCCAAGGACCUGAUGGUCACCGCCGGCGACGCGCUCAGGGCGAACAUCACGGCCAUAGGGCCCCUGGUCCUGCCGGCGUCGGAGCAGCUGCUGUUCGCGCUGUCCUACGUGGCGCGCAAGGUGGUCGGCAGCAGCAGGAUCAGGCCGUACAUCCCCGACUUCCGCACGGCGUUCGAGCACUUCUGCAUCCACGCGGGCGGGCGCGCGGUGAUCGACGAGCUCCAGCGCAGCCUGAGGCUGCCGGACGAGCAGGUGGAGGCGUCGAGGAUGACGCUGCACCGUUUCGGCAACACGUCGAGCAGCUCGCUGUGGUACGAGCUGGCCUACAUCGAAGCCAAGGGACGCAUGCGCAAGGGCGACCGUGUGUGGAUGAUUGGCUUCGGCUCCGGGUUCAAGUGCAACAGCGCCGCCUGGGAGUGCAUUCGCCCGCCGGCGGCGCUCGACGGGCCAUGGGCCUCCUGCGUCCACCGGUACCCCGUCGACGUCCCCGACGUGCUCAAGCAUUAGUCAGGCCGCACGUACACAACCCGGCCGGCUCGUCUCUUGCAUGCGCAUUCCCAUUCGAUCGUACACGCACACAGUUCCACUCGUACACAAAACAAGUCCACGUACACAUGGCCAGCCACUGGCACUUACUGCUAGUCACUAUAGUUAGCUACAACUAUUACAAGUAUGCUUGCCAGAUUCGCUCACUAAAGGUUUAUAUAUCAUCCAAUAUUUUCUGUGAGCAUGUAGCCGACUUAGGAUUAUUGGAGCUUCUUCAUCCUGGAAUUAUGCGACCACUAAUAUGAACCACCUCUCAUAAAGUAAUAGGUUUACCAUUCCGAAUAGGGCGUUAUAACACCUUUACUUUGGUACAUUGUUCGUGUGGAGAAUGACAAAAUUUAUUGGGCCUAACGAUGAAUUGGGGAGAAUUCUCAAAUUGAUCUAAAGGACCAAUCGAACAUAUAAAGGACGCUACCCAACCCGCCAUUCUGAGGCCUCCGCACGCGCGACGCUUGUUGGACCGUGCGAUUUUUUUACUGUGUUCUUUUUUUACUGCUGGCAAUUGGUCAGUCGUCGGGUUUUUUUUCACGUUUGUGAGUGCUUCGAGAAUGGAUGACAAGUGGGCCUCGUUAUGUGUGGGGUCGAGAAAACGGCGUGCGUUUUGCCCAAUUCUGCGUAAGAAAAGUAUCGAGUCCUAGACCGACGAGGGAUAAAAAGAAAAAAGCAAGCCAGCCACCUCCUCUCUCCCCGCUCGUCUCCUCCUCUCACCCACGCCGCCCCUCCUCUCCGGCCGCUCCCCCCAGCCGGCGCCCGCUAGCUGCUCUCCAGAUGCAUCCUCCCCAUGAUCCGAUGUCAUGUCCUGCGUAUAUGACACAUAGUACACUGUAUAAAGUGUGGGGCCAGAGGGCAGUGUGAGUUGUAUGGUGCUUAUAAGCCCAACCCCUUGUACUGAUCUAGUCAUCGAAUCAAUGAAUGAACUGAGCUGCUCCAGCUCCUUCGUUCUCGGUCAAUCCCUUUGCCAUUUUCUAUCUCUAUCCUGUGAUUCUCUGGCUACUGCUAGGGACAUCACAAUUGGUAUUCAGAGCUUCGUUUUCGAUCCGAUCCACAUUUAGCCCUGUGCCCAAACUCUGUUCGUCCUCGAGAGAAUGAAAGAGAUGCAAAAAUCGUUGCAAGAAAUGUUGGAGCGAGUUCUAUCAGAGAAAUUUGACAAGUUCUUCCCCGAAUUGAAGAUGCGGGGCGGCGAGGGCACCAGCCUUCGCGCGGGGGUCGGCGACUUCCGCAAGGACCCGGGUGCCGUGAAGCACGAGCAGGUGGCAUCACCCGUACCGCAAGAACACGCUCCACCUCCGGCGAACAGGGCAGCGAGGUUCGCUUAUGGCGGCCAUCCUGCUCCAUGGGACUCGACGGGGGCUAUGGCCGACGCCAUGGCUGUACAAGGGCUGCUCGUCCCUGAUCCACAGGCGGAUGCACUCAGCACGCCCACCAGCUGUUCGACGGGGUGUCUCACCCAAGUCGAGCCAGCAAACCAGCAGACCGGGGCAGACUCCGUGCAGGAGCGCCGGUCCGUGCUCGAGGUCAAGCUCACACCGCUGCAGGCCAAGCUCAACCCGUUGGUGACCGACCUCCGCGCGCGAGUCGACGCCAUCGCCACGGAUCUGGAUGCGGUCCAGUAAGCGCGCGACCCCGUCCAGGUCCACGUCGGCGGCACAAGCAACAACGUGCCCCAGCCGUACGCACCGCCAUGGAAGGCGGUGGACCCCAAGAACCAUUUCCAGUGGCACGUCGAUGAGGACGUCGAACCGGAGUACGCACAUCGCGGCGAUGAGGUGCCGCGCGGGUGCCGUGGCAUCCGCCACAACGACGACGACUGCCCCGACCGCCGCGGCGUCCGCCAUGACGACGACGACUACAACGACCACCGCGACGGAUUUCGACUUAAGCCACCCAAGCACCCAUUUCCGGUCUUCAAAGGGUACAAAACUUGCUGGCUUCCCCUGCGUCCCAAGCAGACUGAGGCUGCUGAUGCGGAUGAGGCUUUGGCUGUUCCUCUUGAUGGUGAAUGGAUAUGGCACUGCCAUCAGCUUAAUCCUACUCAAUACAUAAAGGACUACAAGAGAUUAUAUGGCAGAAUACUGGACACUAACAAUGUCAAGUCCAUUCAAGCAAAAUCCAAGGACCAGGUUGAGAAAGUUUGGACUGAGUUAUAUCCUGGGGAGCCUGUUGAGUUGGAGUGCACAAGUCCUUCUGAAGAUUCUGUUUAUCUGAGUGAUGAAACGGCAGGAGGCUUUUCCUAUGAUUUGGUCUCAGCUGUUAAGAGACACUCUUCUUUCGUCUACCAGAUUAUGAUCUUAAUUGGGAAAACUGGUUCUGGGAAAAGCACACAAUUGGUUCAGUAUCUUGCUAACUCAGGUCUUGCUGCCAAGGGUUGCCACCUGGGAAGUAUAGUGCUGCAAAUACUCCGUGAUACUUCUGUUUGUAAGGUACCUUAUUCUGCUACACACCAGUGGGAUCCUGGACUUUCUUCUGAAAUAAUUCAUGUGCAUUCACUGGGUACUUUGCAACUCCUUGGACAUGAUUUGGUGCAGUACAUUGAGCUUGGAAGUGCAUUUAGUCUCAGCAUUGCAACGGGUAUGCAGCUAUUGCAGUUAUUGUUGAGAGCGAUGCUACUUGGUGUCAUUCACUCCAAGUUGUGGUUAACUGAUGGAUGGUCAGAGACAAAUAGUGCUCACAAUUUUCCUUGCCUUCAGUCCAGGGAAUGAGAUCCUUCUUACAGCAUGGCAAAUAUACUGCUUCAUUGAUUCUGCCUUGGAAUCCAGACGGUUGGAUGACAUCUAGCACUACACUUUUGUUUUCUAUUGAAUGUAGUUUCUUGCAUUGGAACCCUUGUUUACCCGAGGCAACUUACUCUAAAGAACAACUUGUGCUGCACAAACUUGGUCUCUGUCAAGCAACAGGUUCAAUUUUCAAGCUCCUGCAAGCAAAGAACAUAGUGUCGCCAUUACCUCACGCUGUUCAGCAGCGGUGUCUUGGAUGGCUCCGAUUGUAUCCUGAUAUCGUCCUUUUGAUGGUUGAGUGGAAUCACUCAUAUUUCUCUGUCAGACUUUGGGACCCAGGCAUUAUACAGUUCCUCUCUCGCUCUGCCGUCCGAUCUCCCAUUCAGGCGGAUUUUAGCAGUGAGGGCACUGGAGAUACCCGAGCUUGCACUUGGCUCCUGUGUUGGCACUUGCAGUUUGUAUACAGGAAGGAUGAGACGAUUAUGUGGCUUCAACUUCACUUCUUCUGCACAUUUCUGACUUGGAUAGAUUUGCAGUGCAGUUUCCCGAGUGCCUCAUAUCCUUUCCUCUACACUUAUAUUUGGCUGCGUGCCUGCGUUCUUCUUGAACCGGAGUGGUGCAUAUCAUUCACUGAUCACAAUUCUAGCCGUACAAGGGGUAUCGAGCUUGAGGACAAGCUCCAUUUCAAGGGGAGGAAAUUGUCAUGUCCUGCGUAUAUGACACAUAGUACACUGUAUAAAGUGUGGGGCCAGAGGGCAGUGUGAGUUGUAUGGUGCUUAUAAGCCCAACCCCUUGUACUGAUCUAGUCAUCGAAUCAAUGAAUGAACUGAGCUGCUCCAGCUCCUUCGUUCUCGGUCAAUCCCUUUGCCAUUUUCUAUCUCUAUCCUGUGAUUCUCUAGCUACUGCUAGGGGCAUCACAUCCGAGGACGGAGGGAGUCGUGGUGGCAGGGGACAGACGCGUGAGGAGGAGGCCGUGGUCAUGGUGGCGCGACGGAGGUCGUGGCUCGCCCCCCGCCGCCUCUCUAGCGCCCCCAUUUUCCCUGCCCCCUCCCUGGCGUCAUUACCUCUGCCAUGGCCUCCACCCUCCCUCUCCAUCGACCUUCCCGAGCUCUCCCUCUUCGGGGGUCGCCGCCAUCCGAUGCCACGCGCCAUGAUUCCAGAUCGGCCGCAGGCCGAGAAAGAGCGGUUGCUGUAGUGAGGGCAGCAGGGUGCCCACCCCGGCGGCUGUGUGCAGAGGGGGAGAGGUCAAGGAUGGUUGCCCGUUCAUGGAGGAGAGAUGCAACACAGUGUUGGCAUGGUGUUCAUCUUCAGAUCGGUUGCAACCUUCUGCCCCCAUCGUUCCCCGUGUUUUCUUUUCAUAAUCUACACACUAAGUUGUAGAUUGGUCGGAGCUGUUGGCAUUAGGCAGCACAAGAAUAAGAAUAUUUGUCAGCUUUUUCAUGUGAGACCGGAUUCCAAAUGGAAAGGAAGGGGAUUUUCAAUCCAAGUUUAAUUUUCCUUUCUACCUAUAUGCUUCUGCAUAAUAUUUGUUUUUUAUGUUGUGUGUGUUUGACGAAAUGACAAGGCCUUGCAGCAGAGGAUGAAGAUGGACCUGGCAGCAGGGAUCAUGGGAGCAACGGGAGUGGCUGGCCGCCCGAAGCUAGACGAGAAAGGGGGCAGCAGUGCAGGGACGGAAGAGGGUGUCCAUGUGCUAUCCAUUUCUGCUCAUCUUAAGCUUGCAGAUUUUUAUCUAAAAGCAGAGCUACCUACUAAUGGCUCACAAGAUCGAAAACUAAGCCUGAUUUCUCAGGAAUCUUCCGUUGUGGUGCUUAUGUGUCUAAGAAAUUAACAGGGCAGAGGCUCUAGAGAGGAGGUUUGAUUUUCCUUUUCGGCGUUUGUAGCACGAAUGCAAGAAUUUCUCUUGUUUGGAUAUGUCCUUACUUUCAUGGCUCAAUCAUCAAAUGACGUCAAAAUUGAAUUCCUGAAAGCAAGGCUAAUUAAUGAAGGAAAGCUAACUGAUGCUCUUGUUGUAUCCAACUGUUGUUUGCGCAAUGGAGCGUCUGAUAAAUUACUUUGAUUGUCCAUUGUCAAAGGGAAUAAAUAAUAAGUCUAGGCACAGGACAACGUAACAAUAUGUGCUUGAGUCCUUACAUCAUACGUGAUCGUGUAAUUCUAUGACACAGCCUGUUUAUGGAGUUAAAUCUCGACAAGGCAUAUUUCCCAUUUCUCAGCUUACUUUCCCACAUCUUGCGCUAACCACUCCCAGGACACCAGAUCCGCGUCCUCGUUGUCCCCCCAGCCUUGCUUAUUGGACGAAGAUGACAGGGAGGAGAGGAUGCUAGCCAGGAAGGUGCACAUGGCAUUGGCGUCGCCGACCCCUCACCGGCGAUGGCCAAGGAGCCAUCGACGAUGGUGUAGCUGCAGCAGUCUGUCAAUUGGACGAGAGGCCAAGGACCAUGGUUGAUCUAAGAGCAGUCUCAACUUGCUUGUUGAUCUGUUCUGGAGCAUGGUUCAUCUAUCCAUGUUUCCCCACCCUAACACAACACGGUCCACAUCUUGAAUUUGAAGUGAACUUCAGUCUAAUUUGUUGCUGGUUGUGCUGAACAGUUCGGUUAGGGUGGACGUGCUUUUGUUCUAUUUGUGCUGGCGAAAAACUUGAGUUCCUUUGUCAGAGUUGAGUGCACUCAAAAUCGACUGCCGGGAGAAUUUGUAAUGCCCAGUUGACGGUUUUGGAGGCUCAUGGUUUUGUGGCAUGGAUUGCUGCAUAUAACAUCUUCUAUAUCGUUUGCUGGUAGAAAGGAUGUUAUUGUCCUGAGAUAUACUCUUCUGGGAUUAUGGUGUACAACUCCUGCUCUCUUGCAAACUGAAAUUCCCUUCAGGUCUCAUGUGUUUAUUGGGUUUCUUAGCCCCAAUAGGCAGUGUGAUAGGCACGACCUUGUUGGUGAUAUUUCUCAA